AUGUUGACAUUUACCUUAGCCAAUCCGUUUCUUGGUCGUGAUGAAAUGAAUUUACCUACUAACACUACACAUUAUUAUUGUACAUAUAAUUAUGAAAAAUUAGAAAUGUUACAACGUGCACGUUCAAUAUUUUAUUUUAUUCUAUUUGUACCAACAACAAUUCUUCUCGGUUUUGUAUUGUAUUAUUUUUAUAUAUUAAAGGGCACAAAUCAAAUUCCAAAUAUACAAAAAUUAUGGACAUUGAGAGUAACAUCAUUAUUAUUUACAAUUGUUUUUUACGAUAUUUAUUUAUAUUAUUUAGAUAAUGUUAAUCAAACAUAUACAAAAUUUGUUAUAUCACAAAUUCUUCGUUCAAGUUUUUUUCUUAUACAAUUGUUAAUUAUUGCUAUUACUGAUCCUCAUUGGCUCGAAUUUUUCUUAGAAAAAUGUCUAUGGUGUUGUUUAAGAAGAAGAAAACGGAAUAUAAAUCCACCAACAAUUAGUAAUAUGACAAAUAAAAAUAUACCAGAAAGUGGAGAUCAAUCAAUUAAUGCAGGAGGAAUACAGACAGCACCAUAUACUUCACCUACUAGUCAUUAUUCACUUGUCGAUGAAGAUAUGGAUGAUGAAUUUGAUCGAGCAUUAGAUCAAUCACAUCCAACAUUAAGAGUUAUAUAA